UUGGAUUCAUUCCCUGUUUAUAACUUGUUCUAAUUUAACUUACAAUCAUCAGCACGGUAUACAUACAUAUAAAUUUUGCGAUUUAAACGAAAACAGACCAGUAUUCCUUAAGAUGGCAACGAAGUCUGACCACCAAUCCCAGGACGAAGAGAUAUUAUCACGACCCAUCAUACAUGUUUCACAGCCUGGCUCAGAGAAUCGGAAUCUCUGGAAACGAGUCACCCAUUCCUAUAAUUUUUGGAUCAAGUGCCCCAAAGACGCACAAAAAAUUGUUGCUGAUUUUUCAAAUACAGCGUACGAUAUUUUUAUUGUGGUAGAUGACCUUGUAGACGAAACUAAGCUUCGUAGGGGAAUUUCUUCAGCUCACGAGGUUUAUGGAGUUCCGCUGACAGUGCAAGCUGUAGUAUAUAUGGCUUGUAAAUUGUCUCAUAUUCUAACACCUUAUUUAGAAAAGAUGAAGCAUGUCGCCGUUGAUCAUUUUAUUCAUAUGGGUAUUCAGUCCUUCACUGGACAAGGACUAGAAAUAUACUUUAGAGACAUCCAAAAAUGUCCUACCUUUGAUGAUUACAGAACUAUAGUUCGAGGCAAAUGUUCCCAUCCUGUGAUGUGGGGAAUCCAGUUGUUAAAAUUGCUCGCCAAAAAAGAGACAAUUGAAUUUAAUUUUGGCGUUGUUGAUAAAUUAUGUUAUUUUCUUCAGAUUUACAACGACUAUAUAAACUUGCACAACACUAAGUACGCAACUGUUCGCGUUUUUUGCGAUGAUCUAGAUGAGGGAAAAUUUAGCUACCCCGUAAUACAUGCCAUUCGCAGUCAUCCCAACGACCGUCGCCUUUUAGAUCUGUUGAAAAAAAGACCACUGGAUACGGAAAAUAAGAAACUUUUUGUAGACAUAAUGGAAGGUUUUGGAAGUUUCGAGCACACUCGAAACGCUCUCGAAGAUCUGAAAAAGGAAAUUCGCGCUGAUAUGGAUAGAAAGAAAAUGGAAAAAAAUCCACUCAUCGAACGAAUUUUUCAAGAUGUCUUUAGUAAUUUGGACAACGAAAUUUAUUUUGAUGGCUGCGACUAAAGAAAUAAUUUUAUAUGUCACUAGCUGACCCCGUGAACUUCGUUUCACCUACAAUUUAAUUUUGAA